GAGGAAGUUUGUUUUGAUUGGACGGAAAGAAAGAAAAAAAUAUGAAAUGAGCACAAAAUAACAAGCCACGUAACACUUAAAUAAUGAAAACACGGGAAAAUUAACAAGAAAAACGAGGAAAACACACACACACACACACACACACACACACACACAUAUAUAAAGCAAAACAACGUAGUCUGCCCUUCAGUGGUCGCUCAGGCGGGGCAGUAGGAGGAGGGUGUGCAUGACCUUCCUUCCUUCCUUCCUGCCGUGGGUCAACAUAGGUCAAGUUCUCUUAUGUGCAAUGCACUUUCCAAGGUUGUGGUCCCUGUCACCAGCAUAGCUUGGACGAACAUACAGUGUGGAUAAUCUAGCCAUGUGAGCAUUAGUACAUGUUGGGACACGCUUCUGUAUGGCUUGGUGUGUGUGUCAGUGCAGAAGAAAGAUAGCAUUCCACCCGUGAGAAAGAAAGACUGAACCAUGGAGCUGGUCUGGAAUGCUGUGUGGUGGGUUUAUGCCCUUGUCUUUAUUGCUUUGAUCCUCUCAGCCACCGUCCACCACCACCUGGGCCUCAGGAGACGCUACAUAAACCUCCUCCUUAAGCUGUUUGAGUUUGGGCAGAAGCGAGUGGAGAGAAAACGCCCGCCACGUCAGUCUGAUGGCGAAACGGAUGAAACGGAUUCUGUGGCGGAGGAGACUGAGAACCCGCUCCCCUCCUUGGACCACCCUAAGGCACUGGGCAUUCAGGAGGACAUCAAGGGCUUUCACCUAGACCACGUGCUGGGAUACAUCACGGCGGGUAUGGCGGCGAUCUGUGAGGACAACGUGACCAAGUACUUUGAGCCGGAAGAACUACCGACGUGGAACCUCUUGUCCCGCACCAACGACAGAGGCUAUGAGUUCAUGUCCUUCCGGCUGACUGUCUGCUGGCUGGUUGGCUUCCUGGUGCGCUACCUCAUCCUGCUGCCACUGCGCCUGGUCAUCCUGGUCCUGGGCAUUCUGCUGUUCUGGGCGUGCAUGAUCCUAGUGGGCGUGUUCCCUGCUGGGCCUUUCAAACGCUGGCUCAACAAGAAGCUCUUCGUCUUCUGCUUCGACUUUGUUGCCGGCUCGCUCUCCCUCGUGGCCACCUUCCACAACACCGAGAAUGUGCCGCAGAAUGGCAUCGCUGUGGCCAAUCACACGUCACCCAUUGACUCCCUGGUGCUGGCCACACACAACUGCUAUGACAUGGUUGGGCAGACACACGGAGGCUUCCUGAGCAUCUUCAUGAAGGCGCUGAGCAGAGCAUCCAUGCACAUCUGGUUUGAGCGCUCUGACGCCAAGGACCGGUCGAAGGUCAUUGAAAAGUUGAGGAACCACGCCCAUGACAGCAACCUUCCCCCAAUCCUCAUCUACCCCGAGGGCGUGUGCGUCAACAACACCUCAGUCAUGCAGUUCAAGAAGGGGGCGUUUGAGGUGGACACGGUCAUCUACCCCAUCGCCAUCCGCUUUGAUGCCCGGUUCGGUGACGCCUUCUGGUGGCAGGACAAGUUCUUACAUUACGUACUGUGCAUGAUGACCUCGUGGGCCAUCGUGUGCAACGUGUGGUACCUCCCCCCCAUGAGGAGACGCUCGGGGGAGUCAGCCAUCGCUUUUGCUAACAGAGUGAAGGCCAAGAUUGCCCACCAAGGGGGAAUGAUAGAUCUGGCCUGGGACGGCUUCCUCAAGGCCCACCCGGUCAAGGACGAGUGGAAGAAGCGGCAGCAGGAGGAGUUUGCUAAACACUUGCAGGUGGAGGAGGAGGAGGAUGCACUGCGGCAGCAGCAGCAACAACAACAACAACAAGAGCAGCAACUUCAGGAACACGAGCAAAAUGUUUGUGAUAUACUGAAAAAGAAGGAGGAAUAAUGCUUAGGGUAGCAAAGUUUAUUGAUGCAGAAAUACAGAACUCAGAGCACUGUGAGAGCAGACCAAGGGCAGCAAUUUUGCUCUCACAAGCUUUAUGCAGGAGCUGAUGAGGGUGAGCUGGAAUUUAAAAAAAAUAUUUGUAUAGACAACAGGCUAGCAAAAGUAAUUUUUUCUGUACAAUGUGCUUGUAAAUAGCUGGAAAAUGCAUUCUUUUUGAAUGCAUACUAAUGAAAUAACUAGUGCCUCAAAGUAAGAGAGAGAGAGAGAGAGAGAGAGAGAGAGUUUUAUAAUAAUUUUCAAGCACAAGAAGCAUCUGGGAGUUUGUGUUGGUGUACUGCUUUCCAAGGAGCACACAUUACCAGAAACUACAUAGUUAGACUAGGCUGGGGGGAGGGAGGGAGGAGGGAAAAAGGAAUUCCAAGGACAGGGAGGUACAAUAAGGUGAAUGAGGGGAGCGGGUUGUUGCGCUUAUAUAACCUUUUUCUCCGUUCAGCCUCACAUUCCUUGGUUAAAGUUUUCCUGUAGAUGUAUUUCACACCUGAGCAUGUUGCAUGUCUUAGAAUGUUGUAUUAGUUUGAAUCUCCUUUUAUGAAUUGCAUGUAAGUUUUGUAGAUCUUCUUCAUUAUUUGUUAUGCAUCUCAGACUUUACAGCAUCUUCAGUGUCUGUCAGUCUUUAACCCAGUAGCUGCGGGAAUCAUGUUUUUUAAUGGCCCCUCUUAGCGAAUUAAUGAGAAAAAAAUCAUCACUCAUGCAAACCAUUAUUUUAUAUAUAUCAAUGCAUUUGUGAUCAGUUUAUGUAUCCUCUAUUUUGGGGGGUUCAUGUCAAGGCAAGAAUUUGGCCCGUCGCUUGUGCAUGGUAAAGCCACAAAUUUGGCCUGUUGCUGCUACCGGGUUAAUGUGUCUUGCUUUAUCUGUAUUUUUGUGUGCCUUUAGUUUCUGUGUACUUUUUAGAUUCUGAAUCAUUGUAUUUCUUGUGUCAUUUGUGGCUUACUUUAUUUGUUUUUAUUUUCAUUUUAUAUUUGCCCGGACUUGAUGCUCUCACUGUCAGUACUUGUAGAAGUCUUCUAUCAUUUGACAAUUCAGGAGUCAGCUUUUUGACGUGCUGAUUCAUUUUGUUCUCCAGGCUCGUACAGCAAAUUCGCACAUCAUGAGUUUAAAACCUACAAAGCACACAUGAUGAAUAUCCUUGCUCUUUUUGUACUUGCUAGAAUGAUUUCCCAGUUAAUGAAUGCUUGUGUGAUGAAACUCCUUGUGUCCAUUUUUUACUAAGGUUGUGUCAAAAGAUUCCACUCAUCAUAAGUAAUUAUUUUAUGGUGCAGUCGCUUUCUACAUGAAGUUAAUGAUCAUAAAGGAAUAUAGUUACUUAUGUCGAGGCUAAAUGGUUGUACAUAGAGAUAGUCGCUGCAUGUGUAUGUGUGUGUGUUUGUGUGUGUCGGCAAAAUGGUAAUUCUUUGUGUUUUCCGAGUCACUGCGACACUUUACAGACUCCCACACCUAAGAAUUGAAAAGGACUGCAGCAGCUAGUAAUUUCUAUAUAUGAAGACUUUUGGCUCUCAUUUUGAUUUAAUUUUUUGUCUCCUGUUAAUUAACCCAUCCGCUGUGAUUGGCACGGAUUUGUCCUUCACUGGUAGCCUGGUAACACACUCCCAGGUCUUUCUCUGCCUCUGUGGUGGAUAGUGAAGUGUUUCCCAUGUGGUAUUGGUAUGCUGGAUUUCCCCUCCCAAGGUGCAUGACUUUACAUUUUUCUUCAUUGAAUUGUAGCAGCUACUUUUUGUUCCAUUCCUGUAGCUUGGUGAUGUUUUCUUGUAGGGAACCAGCAGUCAAUGGGUUAUUAUAUAUUUUGUCGCUAUUCCAUAUGUUUCUGAUGAUUUUAAUGUUUCAACUUUCAUUUAUAUUGUAAUGAUUACCUCCAGUCAAGUCAUGGCAGAAGAGGGUAAUGCAUUGAUAGUUGUGGGUUGUGUGUUGGGUCAUCCAUCCAUCCAUCCAUCCACUGUUAAGUCCAUCCAUUCAUCGCUCAGCCUCGGGGUACAAGCAUCGAUCUGUUAGAAUACCUACAUCUCCUUUAUUUAUCAUCAUUAUUUAUAUUCUAGAAGUGCACAGUACAUUAUUUUUUCGUAGUUAUUUUUAUAGCUUAUAAUAUUGCAUUGGGUUAUCGUGUAUCGCACACACUAAUUAUUUAUUUAUUGAGUUAGCGCAUGUACGCCAUCUCUUGUGUUGAUUUGAUUUAUGUAUGUUGCAUGCAUAUGUGGUGCUCCCUGCUGAAGUGAGGUUAGCAACACUCACAAGAAAACGAAAAAAUUGCCCGUGAAGUUGGGUGUUUAUGCACUUUUCCCAGGCAUAUGUGUGAAAAAAUUGACCAUAAUGCCAAAACAUCUUUGAAUUUUAGUUUGAAAAGAUGCCUCAGAAUGCUUGAAUAGGUGGUCGAUGUGAGGCAAGUGAUAUCUCAAAAUUGACCCCCAUGUCGCUUACCUCACUACAGUAGGGAUCGCCACAUAUCUACCUUCAGUCUGAUCAUAUGAGGCAUCUAGAACCAAAGGGGCAUCCAUGCCACAAGUGAGUUUCCAGGCUUAAUGUUUCUCAAUUGUUUUUAGUGUUUAUUUUAUUUAUUUAUUUUUUACAGUAAAGGAAACUGUCAAGGGAAAAUAAAAGAAAAUAAUUAAAAAAAGCCCGCUAAUCACUGCUGCUAUAUAAGAGAGUAAAGAGGAGCGGUCGAAAGAGAGGUCAAUUUCGGGAGGAGAGAUGUCCUGAUAUUCUUCUCUUGCUUAGCCACUGUUUUCAUCCCUCAGUACACCCUCUACUUGAUUGAUUUUCCCUUAGCUUCCCACACAGUUUAAUAGAGUAAGGUUAUGCCUGUGUGACUCUACCCAUUACUCAAAACUGAAAAAAUGGCGCAGAUGUCCCUUUGCUUCUGCACACCUCAUAUAUGUAAUUCUUUUUAGUUUCAAGGGUGUAUCAGACACUAAAUAGUAAGGGCACAAUGAGCCUUAGAGGUUUGCAUUUAUUAUUUUUCUGGUGUGAGUGUUUACUGGAGUGUUGGUGAGGGGUGUGGGAAGGGUGGGGAGGGCAUGGUUGUGGAGUUUGUAAGUAGCACAAGUAUAGGAGGUCUGUGGGGCAUGUGAGUGUGGUUGAAGGUGUGGGUGUCAUGCUGUGUAUGAGUGACAGACUGUGCUGCUAAAUGAAACUAGUAAAGCUCUACUUCGGAUGAGUUCUAUAUCAAAUACACAUAUUUUUCUCAAUAGAUACUUAGGAAGCCAAACAGACAAGAAAUCCCAAGUGGUUUCUUGUGCCUCAUGUACCUAGAAUGACCCUGCCAGGGGAUGUUUUAGAACUCAUCUUGAAAACUAAGUAAACAUAUUUGCUCACUGUUCGGUAGCUUUUACAUGAUACUGCAGCCAAAAAGAUGUAAAUAUAAUAGUCCAACCAUUUAAGGGUCUGUUCAGGCAUUGGCUUUCAUGGGUCCUUUCCUCCACUCUGCUCUGCCACACAGUCUCAACACCUAUCUCAUCCUCUCAUGUGUUAGCUAUAGGUAACAUUUGAGAGGAAAAAAUAGGUGUUGGGACUGUGUGGCAGAGCAGAGGAGAGGAAAGGACCCGCGGAAUCCAACGCCUCAACGGACUCUUUGAAAUGGUUUGAUUAUAGUAGGAUAAUACUGAAGAGAGGGGUGUCAGACUGAAUUUGGGAGGUCUUCAGGCGCCCCCCCCCGAAAGAAUCAUUGGUGUACUGUGAGACAAGAGUGAUGAAUACGUUUUGGAACUUACGAAGGGUAUAUGUGAGUGUGUUGUGUGGUGAAAAGUGUUGCCUUGAGUGAUUAGUCUUACUGAGAUGGAUGUAAUGGGAACUGUUAACGCUGUAAUGGUAGUAAUAGAAGAUAUAUCAGUGUGAAGGAAGUACAGUUUAUGUGUGUGUGUGUGUAUAUGUAGUCUAAGGGUAUGAAAAGAGUGGAAAGUACUUCAUUGGGUGGGUAAUCAUGUACAGAUGAAUGGGAUGAGAACUGAGGAUAUGGGUGUGGUGAGUGAGACAGAAUGUUCAUGGUAUAGUGACGAGGGUGUAAGGGUGUGGUGAGGUUAUAAGAAUGAAGAAGUGAAACUGGGUAAAGAUCUUGUAAACCAUUAUCAAACUUGUACACACUUUUUUUUUAUUAUAAUUUAAGAGUGAGGAGGGUGAGAGGGUUUGAUAAGUAUGCAAGACUGAAAAGGGAGCUGGGUAGAGGUUUUUGUAAGCCAUUUCAAGCUUGCACACACAUACCUUUUGUUUUUUCAGUAUGAUUUAAGGGUGAGGAGGGUGAGAGGGUUUAAUAAGUAUGCAAGACUGAAAAGGGAGCUGGGUAGAGGUUUUUGUAAGCCAUUUCAAGCUUUCACAAAUAUACCUUUCGUUUUUUCAGUAUGAUUUAAGGGUGAGGAGGGUGAGAGGGUUUAAUAUGUAUGCAAGACUGAAAAGGGAGCUGGGUAAAGUUUUUUGUAAUCCAUUUCCAAACAUGCACAUUUUUAACUAUAUUUUCAGUAUGUUAAAUUUUUUAUGAGGAUGAGAAGUACUAGAGGAUGUGUUAAGUAUGUGAGACUGAAAAGAAAGCUGGGUAAAUGUUUUUGUAAUCCAUUUCCAAACAUGCACAUUUUUAACUAUAUUUUCAGUAUGUUAAUUUUUUUAUGAGGAUGAGAAGUACUAGAGGAUGUGUUAAGUAUGUGAGACUGAAAAGGAAGCUGGGUAAAUGUUUUUGUAAUCCAUUUCCAAACAUGCACAUUUUUAACUAUAUUUUCAGUAUGUUAAUUUUUUUAUGAGGAUGAGAAGUACUAGAGGAUGCGUUAAGUAUGUGAGACUGAAAAUGAAGGUGGAUAAAGAUACUUGCAAGCCUAAUAUUACCAUACAUGCACACUUUUAACUAAUUUUUCAUUAAUAAUAAUAAGGAUGAGAAGUACAAGAGGGUGUGAUAAGUAUGUAGGAUCAGUAAGGAAGCUGGGUAAAGAUUCUUGUUGGGUAUUUUCAAACAUGCACACUUUAAACUAUUUUUUCAGUAUAAUACAAGGAAGAGAAGUGUGAUAAGACUGAGAAGAAAGCUGGGCAGAGUUUUUGGUUAGCCAUCGUCAAACAUGCACACUUUCAACUAUUUUUCUGUACAGUAUAAUAUAAGGGUGAAACGUACGAGAAGGUGUGAUAAGACUGAAAAGGAAGCUAGUUUGAGGUUCUUGUCAGCCUAAUAUUACAGUACACGCACACUUUUACACUUUUUUGUGAUACUUUAGAAUUUCCCAACGUUCUUUCUUAGAGUUUGAGUCACUUAACGUAUUUUUUAAAUGCGCACAGUUUAUGAUAUGUGGAUUUAAAAACUUUGGGGACUCUUUUCUUGGUUGGUAACGUGGCAAGAGUCUGUUCCUUCAUCUGCUGGAAAGAAUAUUUUAGUCCCGAUAUGCCAACAGCUUUGUCAAGUUGUUCCGCUAGAUGGUGUUAUGAUGUUCUUUUGUUAUGAUUUGGUCCACAACGGGGAAAAAAUGUUGUCAAAUUCUUUACUUAUUUUUAUCACCAGCAUGUUAUAACUUACUUUAUUACUUGCAUUAUUAUUACUUUAUUAUUACCAACAUGUUGCUAUACUUACUCUAUUAUUGACAUUAUUGCUCUACUGAUUUUAUUACUAUUAUUAUUAUUAGCAACAUGUUACCACCUACCUUAUUAUUUCUGAAAACAACAACAACAAUAACAAAAGCUACUGCUCCCUUCUUCUUGCUCUGUUAAUAAAGAGUUUAGUGAUGAAGAAAUGAAGCUGUUGACGUAUUGUAAUCAUUGUGUCUUUGGCAGUUGCUUUAACGGACUAGAUUAUUUUGUGUUUUAUUAAGUAGAUUAACACCUGCAAGUGGCCUGAAUUGGUUUGCCGUUGUCUGUGGUUUGCAGUGUAAUGCUUAUUGUGUUUUUGUCAGAUGGUGGAACAGACUGGAUUAUUUAUUGUUUUAUUGAAUAGAUUAGCACAUACGAGUGGUCUCAGUUGGUUUGUCUUUGUGUGUGGUUGGCAGUGCAAGUUAAGACUACUAUAAGGUUGAAAGGGAAGUCAUGUUUUAGGUAGGCAGGCAUCACAGACUUAGAUUAUUUUGUUUUAUUGAAUAGAUAAGCACAUAUGAGUGGCCUAAGUUGGUUUGUCUUUGUGUUUGUGAUUGGUAGUGCAAGUUAAGACUACUAAGGUUGAAAGAGAAGUUAUGUUUAAGGGCAGCAGAUCAGUGGUGAUGCAUUUGGUUAGGUUUAGGUUUGUGAUUGAGGGAAGCAGAUCGGUGGUGAUUCAUUUGGUUUGGUUUAACGUUUUGGUCAGCAGCAACAUUUAGUUUGGUCCUCUCGUUCAUCUUAAAAGGGUUCAUGUUGGAAGUAUGUCUCGAUACCUUGAAGGAUUUGAAAUUAUGUUCGUCAUCUUUUUAGCCAUGUCUUCCAUUUGAUUACUAUUUAAAGGUUUAUUGACUGAGGUUGACAGGACUAGCACAGGAAGAAGUGUGAUGGUAACAUAUAAACAUCUUUGGCUUCCCUGUAUUAACCUUCGUAACACUAGUGCCGUAGAUGAAUGCUGUGACAGAGAAACAUCAUAUCAAAAAGAAUGUAAACAGGGAGAACUGAUAUCCUAACUCAGGUAGUUGUUAAUGACUGAAAUAUUUAUGGUCUCAUGUAUCACCUUCACUGCCUAUAGGACAAUACUACAGAGGCUUAUUGAACCACUAACAUUAAUAAUAGAUAAGAAAAUACUAGGAAUAAUGAUAUGAUAGUAAGAACAAUGAUAAUAAUGAUAGAAACAAUAAUAAUAAUAGUAAUAAUGAGGACUAUUGGUACAGGAAAUUAUUGUGACAACCAGAAUGGGUACUUAAGUCUCGCUGCCAUGUGACGUGAGCCUAGUGAUAGUUUGACAAGGCUUAUGCACUAUGAACUUAAACACUCAUGAUAGCCUGACUAAUCUCCUUUUUAGCCUCUGGAAAUAUAUGAUGGAGGUUGUUGGUAUUUGCAUGGGUAGUUUUCUGAGGCUAGUGAUAAAUUGACAAGGCUUCCGGACCAUGAACUUGAAAAACACAACCAGACUAAUCUCCUUUGUGGUCUUGGAAAUAUCUGUUGUGAGAGCUGAAAGUUCCCCCCCAUUUUUUUUUACAGCAAAGGAGACGGCUCAAGGGCAACGAAAAGUGUAGAAAAAAAAAAAAACGCUACUCACCGCUCCCAUAAUAGACAAGAGUAAAGAGUGGCCAAAACAGAGGUCAAUUCAAUUUAUAUCUGCCUCAUUUAAUAAUCUUAUCAGCGGAAAGUUGAUGAAUUAGAUACGUUGGAAGUCCCUACGAAUGCACAAGGAACACUCCCUAAUCAAAGUCAUCCUGUCAUUGAAUGUGUUUUGUUAUUUCUUCUUAGUCUUCCAUAAGGUAUAACAUUUGAGGAUAAACCUACACUGAGGGCACGAGUUUCCUUACUUGAAAAAAAAUACGAUCGAAUGAGUGUGUCCUGCAAUGUGAUGUUGGUCUUCUCUUGGACAAAAUUACACACUUAAAAUAUUACUUCAUUUAAGGGGGGGUUGCCUUAAAAUUAAAACAUAUGCAUUAACUUAUUCUUGAGAUAAAUAAAUAAGAGUUAGUACUUUGUUUUAAAUUAGGGGAUGUUAAUAGAGAGAAGCACAAUGGUUUAAUGGAAGAGCUACAGGAAGAAAAUGGGGUUAGGGUUGCCAGGGAUGCGGUUUAAGGGGGCUACUCUGAAAUUAAGAGAAAUGGGGUCAAGGUUGCCUUAAGGAUAUACUUCAUGGUCUAAUUACUAGUCAUCCCUCUUAAAAAAAUUAUAUGUUACACUGAACUUUGAAAAAAGGAACUGGAAUUUUAGGUCUGAGGGCCGUAUUACAAGUCGAAUCUGAGAAAUUUUGGGUCCCUAUAGAGUGAUUCAUCCCGAAGUCUGUAGGGACCUGAAACUUCUCGGAUUCGACUUAUAAUACAGCCCUGAGAGUCCUACUGUUAUGAUUAUGUACUGCAUGUAAAUUCACAGCAACUAAUACAUGUUUACAGCUUUUUAUAUAUCAGUCACCAACGUCUUAUGUUUAAUUCUAACAUGUCUACUUUUAAGUGCAUGCCCAGUAAAUGAUUGGAGGUAAUUAACCCCUUGAGUCCCAGAAUGUGAUUUGCAUUGUAAUUUAGCUACCAAUUGAUGAUUUUAAGGAACAGAAACAAGAUUUAUUAGAUCUGACCUGUUUAGUAUCGUCGCCCAGUAGCUUCAUGGGUAUAUUUAGUUACUUUUUCAUCAUUUUUGGCUAAGAACAGACAAUUUUAUGUAGUCAAGUAAAGAUCUGGGCGUGAAGGAGUUAAUACGUUGCUAUAAGAUUAUUGGUCAGGGUUAAAAAGUUAUAAAGCCUAAAGUCGAGAACAAGAGCUCCAGUCUGAAAUGAAUGAGGAAGUUGCACUGAUACAAAUAUUUACAAUUCCUCAACAGUUUUUUUUUACUUAGAAAGAACAUAUUUUCUUUUAAUAAUUCACUUGAGUUCACAUUUUUAGUUUUAGUGCAUGCCCAGUUAAUAAUAGGGAAGUAAUCGUACCAGUCUGCCUGUCGUGUGUUUCUAUGAGUGGAUGUGUUUUCCGAGAGGUGUGUUUUUAGGACGGUCUGCCAGUGAUGGCUAGCACAUGCUGGUGCCUAACACUUGGCCAUUCUUUGUCAUGGUUUGAAAAUAAAUGCUAUGUUUUAUU